CAAAUGGAUAUGUUGUUGAGCCACUGCCAGAAUACCAGAAAGAUGCCAUAUUAAAAUACAGAUGCAAUGAAAGAUUCAAGCCCAGAGAGGGAAUCCCCAGAUGUGCUAAAUUUGGCUGGACUCUGAACCCAGAAUGUGAUGAAGUAACCUGUGAGCUGAAGUCAACUACAUUUGGAGUGAAAAAUAUCAAGCCAGAGGGAAAAUCUAUUUUCAGAGCUGGAGAAAGUGUGGAGAUCACCUGCUCUGAAAAAACUGGUUAAUUUUACAAAAGAACCCAGCAGAUCAUUUACAUGCCAAGAUAAUGGAGAGUGGGAUCAUACGCCUGUUUGUGAAGAGAUUAGAUGUGAAGUUCCACAUGACCAGCAUGUCUAUUACCCGCACUAUUACUUCAGAGGAGAUAUGAAACUGGGAGCAAAAAAUCAUACAGUUGUGAGUCUGGAUAUCAUAAAACGGCUGCAGAGGCCACAUGUACACAAGACGGAUGGACACCAAAACCACUGUGUGCUGAAAUAAUGUGUGCAGCACCUAACAUUGAAAAUGCAGAGAUUGUAGGAGAUCAGAGACUGAACUACAGAAUCAAUUCAAGAAUAAAAUAUAAAUGUCAUCCUGGAUUUGAACCAGAGCAGCCUGUACACAUCACCUGUGACUCCCAGACUCAAUGGACAGGCAUACAGCAAUGCACUGAAAUAAUGUGUGCAGCACCUAACAUUGAAAAUGCAGAGAUUGUAGGAGGUCAGAGACUGAACUACAGAAUCAAUUCAAGAAUAAAAUAUAAAUGUCGUCCUGGAUUUGAACCAGAGCAGCCUGUACACAUCACCUGUGACUCCCAGACUCAAUGGACAGGCAUACAGCAAUGCACUGAAAUAAUGUGUGCAGCACCUAACAUUGAAAAUGCAGAGAUUGUAGAGGUCAGAGACUGAACUACAGAAUCAAUUCAAGAAUAAAAUAUAAAUGUCAUCCUGGAUUUGAACCAGAGCAGCCUGUACACAUCACCUGUGACUCCCAGACUCAAUGGACAGGCAUACAGCAAUGCACUGGGGGAUUUUGCUUAAAAGUACAUUCAUUUGCCAGUGGGAAAUAAUGUGUGCAGCACCUAACAUUGAAAAUGCAGAGAUUGUAGGAGGUCAGAGACUGAACUACAGAAUCAAUUCAAGAAUAAAAUAUAAAUGUCGUCCUGGAUUUGAACCAGAGCAGCCUGUACACAUCACCUGUGACUCCCAGACUCAAUGGACAGGCAUACAGCAAUGCACUGAUGGUACCUGUCAGGAGCAAGAACUCAAAAAUAUAGAAAUUAUAUUUGGAUAUCCGAGCCUCACCUCACCUUAUAAAUCUGGACAUAUCUUAGUUUUCCGAUGCACUGAUGACAACAUGAGGUUUUACGGCCAACAUUCAGUCAAAUGCCAGCCAGAUGGGAGGUGGAAUUACCCAUAUCCACAAUGUGGAGGAACAGUUCAGUGCUCCAAACCAACAAAGAACUUGCAGUUUGUGACACUGUCAGAUGAGAAAACUGAAUACGGCAACUCUGAGUCUCUGAUAUACACGUGCAAGAAACCAUACAAUGAAAGUGCAGGAGGUGUUUUAAUGUGUCAAAAUGGAAACUGGAACGGAACAUAUAACUGCAGAAAUAAGAUCUGUCCACCUCCUCCGUAUCUUCAACAUGGAGAUUACAGCAUCAUCAGUACAAAAGAUGAUGUGAUCACAGCAGUAUCUUACACUUGCCAGUCUUACUAUGUGCUUACCAAGCAACAUGAAGUUUAUAAGUGUGUAGAUGGGAAAUGGGAGACUCCUCCGAAAUGUCUGAGACCUUGUGAAAUUGAUGACAUUGUCAAGAAGUACAAUCUACAGCUUCCUACAGGAAAGGUCUACAUAAGGCAUGCUGAAAAGUAUAGACUGAACUGUAGAGAUGGAUGGAAUACUGGAAGUGAGAUGAAAGCAUAUGUGGAUGUGUCGUGCUCGGAUGGGAAUCUACAGAUUGACAAAAGUUGUGAUGCACAGAAUAACUCAAAAUAAUCUGGAGGUUACUGAGUGCAGCAGGCAAGCUUGGAAUAUGGAAAAGCUUACUGUCACGAAUCCAGUAUGUGCACUUCCGUUCAUUCACCACCAGAGGUCACUCGCUCAUCAUAUAGACUUUCACACCACACAUUACAUGGACUGCAUUUCCCAUCAGCCAUCUCACCAAUCAUACGCACACAGCUGUCACCAAUCACUCAUUGCACUAAUCACACACACUAUUUAAACCCUGGACUUUCUCUCCCUCGUUGCCGAGUAUUGUUUGCGUUUACCGCUCCCCUAGCCGGAGCAACUUACAGAGCCCCAGUUAGUUUUCCUAGUUUUCCCCUGCCCGUUUGGAUUGUGUUUUCCCGUGUAUGUUCUAGCCUGUGUUCCCUGGAUUAACCCUUGCCUUGCCGUUUGGACACCGUUUGCACCCCUGUUGGAUUAUAGCCCGUGUUCCCUGGAUUAUCUCUCUGCCUUGCCCACUGGAUACCGUUUGCCGAUCGUCGACCCUCGCUUGCCCUAGGAUUACUCUUUGUCUUGUCCCUGCCAUACCUGUUUGCCAUUGCUCGACCCUGCCUGUAUUUAUGACCAUGCCUGUUAAUAAAAGCUUGCAUUUGGAUCCACACGUCUCACGUCUCGUCAGCCCCGUUACACUUACAUUCAGCAGAUAGAAAUAUUGCAUUAUAUUGAUUUUGUCAGGGGAAAAAAAUUAUCUGUUGUGUAAGUUGUGGUUUUACUUUACUCUGGCAUUACAUCCCUCUGAUCAGCAUGUGGUACAUUAUAUUAAUAUAAUUCAAAAUAUUUUUGGAAAAUUAAACUGUUUCUUACAAACUCAUGUGAUUUGAUAAAAUACAUAACGAAAUUUAAACGCAUAUGGGUAAAUGAAAAAUUACUUCAAGCUACACAUGACAAUUAAUGAGAUUAAUACAACACUUCUACUCGAAUGUCACUAUCAAUCACUAUUGAGUGUUUGUAAUAACUUCUGACUGUGAUCCAAUGUGGAUUUUGGUCAAAUGAUGAGGCAGAAAUAUGUUGUUAGUAACAUUCUAGAAGAAUGUGGAAGAUACACAAUUACAACUUCUGUGG